ACCCUACUAACCGCCCCCAUAAGCAAAACUCAAAUAUACAUUUAUGGAUAGAUAGAUAGAUAGAUGGAUAGAUACACAAACCAAAAUAAUAACUAACACACAAAAGUAACAUAGAUGUUUAUAGGCAACAAAUAAUCAUAAUAAUCAUUCCAUUUAUUUCUUAAGAUCAAAUGGUGUAUGUAUGUUAGUAUGUUGUGUGUGUGUGUGUAAUUGUUUGUGUAUUUAUCUAUCAAUAAAACUGCUUUAGAUAGAAAUUUUUGUUUCAUUAAAAGCUAACCAACCAGACAUUGUAUUCAUUUAUUCAUUGUAAUAUAUAUAUAAACAUUUCUGAUCAAAAGAGUUCUGGUUUCAAUCAUUCCACAUUUGAAUUAACAUUCAACAAAAUCUCUUCUUCUACAUCUUGUUUAUUAAUGUAUUAAUUCUGUGUGUGUGGAUCUCAACAGAACAAACAUUAUUAUCAUAAUCAUUAUUACGUAUAAUAAUCUUGUUAAUACUAUAAGUAAUUGACUUAUUACACUAUUACACUUGUUUUAAUGACUGAUAAAAGACGUGAUUGUAUCAUGGAGACAAUAACUUGUGGACAUGAUUACACAACAACUUCAAUACAUCAUCAUGGAACAAAUAUCAAUUUGGAAAAUAAUCCUAUGCAAACUUUCGAAAAUACUACUUCACCUUAUUUUAUCAAUUCAAAGCCAAUAGAUCGAUUGAUGGCCAACACAUCCGGUAUAUAUGUGAAUAAGAGUCAUUAUAAUGAAAAUACAUCAGGUGUUUUGAUGAAUGUGGAAAAUUCCCAACAUACAGACAGUGCAAUACAUACUUUAGUUAGUAAUAGUAAUAAUACUACUACUACUAUUACUGGUGUGAAUACUACAAAUGCUGGAAAUGACGAUGCAGAUGUAACAAUGUGUAUAUGUCCAGUUUGUGGUUUCUCUGCAUCAUCUCCACGUAGACAAGAUGAACAUAUGGAACUAGUACAUGGUGAUGUAACAGUAUCUAAUAUUUUAACAACCAGUAAUUUAACAUCAAUCACACCACCAACAUCAACUAUGAUAACAAUGAAUCACGAGAAUUCUGACAGUCCUAAAUCAUCUAUAAAAUCUAUGAAAUUAGAUUGGCCCUUAGAAAUGAAUAAUUCAACAUCUUUUGAUUUUUUUCAAUCACAUCAACCAACAAUGAAUUUACAACAACAAAAUUAUCACUCAUAUAAUUCGUUUGCACUACAAGCAUCAUCUACACCACAACGUGUAAAAUUUUGGUCAGCCGAGCCGGAACAAAUCAAUUCAUCAUUAACAACAACAAGUGAACAAAUGCUUAAAAAUCAAAAGUUAGAUACUGUAUAUAGUAAAAAUCAUAGUAACUGUUGCCUUACUACUACUACUACUACUACCACUACUACUAAUACUAAUACGAAUAAUGUGGGAGGGACUAUUGAUAAAUUUAAGAUAAUUUCCACGAAUACUGGUAUUAAUCCUGGUACUACAAGUACAACUUAUACUAUUGCGACGAUAACAACGACUUGCUCAAACAACUCAUCAUCAUCAACAUCACCAUCUACAACAGAGUUUCAUUCAAAAUUCAAAAGUUCAAAAAUGACAAACAAUAAUAAUAAUGAGAUUAAAAAAUCUGAGAAAUCUCGAUCAUAUUCAUCAUCAUUGAAAAAUGGUAAAUCUAAGGAGAAACAAAAAUGUUUCUCAUUAUCAUCAUCAUCGACAUUAUCCUUAUCAACAUCCUCAUCACCAUCUUCAUUGUUAUCCGUAACAACAUCUCCAUCGUCUAUUACAACAAUUACAACCACAACAGGAACGGGAACAGCGACUAAAGUAAUCACAGUUGGAGAUGAUGAUGACGAUCGUCAUCAUCCAGUUGUGAAGAAAGUCGAUUCAAGAAGACGUUAUCGAUGUAACAUUUGUCCAACAACAUUUCCAUGGCAUGGUGAUCUAACAGAACACUUACGCUCUGUGCAUGGAAUGCAAAAAUCACGUGAAAAUGCACGUAAUGGUAAAGCUGGAAGUUUUUGUUGUAGUCAUUGUAAAUAUGUUGCAAAAUAUCAAAGUGAAUUAAAUCGUCAUAUGCGAUUACAUUGGGGUGUUAAACCAUUCAUAUGUGUUUUUUGUCCAUAUCGUAGUGCAUGGAAAGGUGAUUUAAAACGUCACAUGGAAUCACAUCAUAGAGAACGUUUUACAUGUGAAACAGAAUUAAUUAAAAUUAUGUCACAAUUUAAAAAUAACGCUGGUACAAGAACAUCAGCAGCAGCAGCAUCAAUGACUAGUGGUUAUGGACAUACUUCCACAUUGCCUAUUUCACAAUUUGAUAUAACAACAGAAAGUAGUGAAGGUGAUAAUACAAGUGAUCGAUACAAUUGUUUACAUAUUGAUGAAGAAGAAGAAAAUAUUAUAAUUACUACCACUAGUACUACUACUACUACCACUACCACUACUACUACUCAUGAUAAUAAUAAUAGUAGUAAUAAUAGUCUUAGUAUUGAUGUUGAAAAUUCAGAUGACAGUUCCAAUGAAAGUGAUGAUAAAAUGAACUCAAUUGUUAAAUCAUAUUCACGUAAACAUUCAUUAAAAACUAAUUACUCACUAUUACAUAAUGAAUCAAACAGUAUGGAUACUAUCAAUAAUAUCAAUGGUAAUAAUACUAAUAGUAGUAUUAAUAGUACUGUAAAUCUUACUAAUACUAUGUUAAAUAAUUAUCUACCUCAAAUGACAAUAGCUGAAAAUAGUUUAAUCUGUCAUAUUUGUUCAUAUCAUGCACAAAAUCAAAGUAAAUUCAAAAAUCAUAUGGCUAGUCAUAUAAAUUUAAAACAAUUUAAAUGUCCAAUCUGUGGACAACGUAGUAAUUAUAAAUGGGAUAUUACAAAACAUUUAAAAAAACAACAUCCAAAUAGUAAUCAAUUACCAAUAACAAUAAUCAAUAAUGAUAUAGAAACAAUUGAUGAACAAUAUAUGACUACAUCAAUUGGAUCAAUACCAAUCUCUUUAACAAUGUAUUCAACGACAACAUCAUCAUCAUCAUCAUCAUCAUCAUUGCCUAUGACUUCAUUGAUCAAUUCACAAUCUUGUACUUCACAAAUACAAUCAUGUAUAUUACCAAGUCAAUCAUCAAUUGUUUCAUUGAUUCCAAUAGCACAACCAUUAACAGUAUUCUCUCGACCACAGAUUACAUCCAUAACACAAUCAUCAUUAACAUCAUCAACAACAUCACAUUUAUCAUGUUUAUCUGGAAUUUCACCAAAAUCCAAUGAAAUGAUUUCAUUAGAUAUUGAAUGUAAAAAUUAUUCAAAAAUUUCAGAUCAUCAAAUGACAUCAAAUGAUCCUUUGAAUUUAAUUGCAUAUUCAUCUAUAAAACAAUUAUCAUUAACAACAUCAUCAUCUUCAUCAAUAGCAGCAUCACCAUCUAAGAAUUCUUCAUUAAUACAAAAUGAUGAAGAUGAUGAUAUAUUAUCAGUGAAUGAUUCAUUACCAAUUGAUCUAUCAAUUGGAUAUCCUCAUAAACAUGAUGAUAUUAAGAACCCUAUACUACUUACAAAUACACGUCCAUCAUCAUCGGAAUUAUUGUCAAAAAUUUCAUUCGGAAACAAUCAUCAUUAUGCUUAUCCGAAUUUUUCUGCAGAGUUAAAUAAUAGUAUUUAUUCGGGAACGAAAUGUUUUACCACGACGACAACAACAACCAUUGCAUCUCCUAGUAUAAUUACUUCUAAUUCUACUAUUACGACUGACAAUACAUUAUCGGAUACAAGAUUUCAUUAUCCUAUUUUAUCUAAUUCACAACAGAAUAUUACGCAUAAUAUUACUAAUACUACUACCAGUAAUACUAAUAAUACUUCAAUAUCACCGUAUAUAAUUGGUUCAUUAAUUUCUGACCCAUUAAAAAAUAAUGCAUCAUCAAAUCCAACGAUUAAUUUGCUAUUCAAUAUUCAACAACAGGUUUUAAUGACUGGUCUCUUGCAAACAUGGCAACAACAACAACAACACAGUCAAAGGUAUCACGAAUUAAAGCAACAACAACAGUCAGAACAAUACAAGAAUUUAACUAGGCAUUAUGAUACACAUGGAGGAGUAACAACGUAUUCUGACAAUAUUAUUAGUAUGACAUCACCUAUUACAUCCACAACACCGACAAGUCUUUCGCCUAAUAAUAAUAAUAAUAAUGUAACACAGAUUACUAGGACAGUAAUUGCUUCGAAUACAACAUUUAGUGGUACUGCUACGACUAAUACUGUCACUAGUACUACAAUGGCUACGUCUAAUACACCAUAUCAUACAAUAUUUAGAUCAAUUGCAAAUCACCAAUUAUCCGGAUUAUUACCAUCAUCGAUUACAACAACAAUUCAAUCACAAAUGAAUGAAAAUUUAAAUAUUGAUUUUACUAAACAUAAUAAAUUAAAAAAUAAUCAAUUAUCAAUGAAUUGGGAAAAUAUAAAAUCCACAUCAGAUUGGUCUAUACCAUCAAAUAUUGAUUCAUUAGAAUUAUCGAAUAAUUUACAAAAUCAAAAUCAAUCAAAAAAUCAAUUACAUGUUAAUCGAUUUUUUACACCAGGUAGAAGAAAAGAAUCUCAUCGUUUAUUAACUAGAAAUAAUACAGGACGUAAAUCUGCACCAGUUACUAGUUUAUUUAAUUGUCAUUUAGAUGUGAAUAAUCCUAUUUGUACUGUCACUAAUAUAAGUAACAACAAUAAUAAUAAUAACAAUAGUACUACUAAUAAUAGUAAUAAUAAUAACAAGGAAGAACAAUGGAAACGAUUUCAAUGUUCAGGUUGUGGUCAUCGAUCCAAUUGGAAAUGGGACAUAAAUAAACAUAUUAAAGUUGCACAUCCAGAACGUACAAACAUUAUAACAAUUACAUUAGAUUUAGAAGAUGCUAAAAGCACGUAUAAUGAAUAUAUGAAUCGAAUGAAAUUAUCACGUAAUCGAUAUUUAACUGAAACACAUUCAGAUAUAUCAACAAAUUCCAAUCCAUGGAUAACUUGUGUUGGAUUGACUGGAACUACAAGUACUAGUACUACUACUGCUACUACCACGAUUACAACAACUACUGGUGAAGGUUAUUACAGACCAUUUAAAUGUUCUGUUUGUGGUCAUAGAAGUAAUUGGAAAUGGGAUGUCGGUAAACAUAUAAAACAAAUUCACAAUGGAAACGGAGAAGUACAGACAUUAAGUUUAGAAGAAGCUAGACGAACUAUACAUCAAUAUAAAAAUCGAAGACGUCAGCAUCAUCAUCAUCAUCAAAAUCGUCUUAGUGAUUUAACAAUUAAAUGUGAACCAAGCUUUUGUAGUUCAUCUGAAUCAAAUAUUAAUCUAUCACCUAUAUCCUUAUCCGUUGGUGAAGGUAUUGUCGAUUUGCCUGUUUCAUCAACCUCUUCCUCUUCUUCCUCCUCCUCGUCAUCCUCAUCAUCUUCUUCAACAUCGAAACAAAUUUUGCAUAAAAAUGAUGAAGAAGUAAAAAUUGAUUAUGCCAUUAAUAAUCAUCAUCAUCAUCAUCAAGAUAAUAAAUUUCCUUUAUCUUUUGAAUGUAGUCCGCUUAAUUUAACUACUAAUAAUUCAAACCUAAUAAAAAUGACAAAAUCAUUAAAAUGUCAUAGGAAUAAAUCAAAAUCAUCUAUUCUUCAUAGAAACAAUCGACUAUUCAUUAAAUUUGGAUGUAAAUUUUGUUCAAUUAAAUUAAAUUCAUGGAAAUCUAUCAUAUUUCAUGUUUAUAUGAAACAUUGUCAACAAUUAACGGUUUCCUUGACAACUUGUAUUAAUAAUAACAAUAAUAAUAGUAAUAGUAAUGAGUACCCCUUAAAAUAUUUCCCUGUAAGAUUACGAUUUAUCAAUGAAUCUACAAAUCAUAAUCAAAUUGAUUUAAAACCUUUAAAAUUUUUAAAACAUCAUUUUAAUAAUUUAAAUCAACAAAUGAAUUCUAUAAAUAAAAAUAAAUUAAAAUAUUCAAAUGAGGUAAGAUGAUUUUAGUGUAAUAUCAUAUAAUUAUUAUGUAAUUAUUAGUAAUAUGAUAUGUACUACUGAUAUCAAUAAAUAUAAGUAGUAUGUAUCAUUAAUCGAAUGUGAAAUGUCUGAUGGUAAAAGGUUAAGAGGAUUAAAGGAAUGAGAGCGACAAUAAAGAUUGAUUGGUAUGGAAAUGAAGGAAUAGUCAAAUGUUAGACAAUUGACUGAUAUUUUGUAAAUCAAUUAUUUACUGGAACAGCCGAGAGUGGGGAGAGUCCUCUUUCCCUCUCGAAAUGCUCUCACAUGGCCACGCGUAUAUAGCCUCUGCCAGGGAAAUCCUACUCACUGCCUUCUCGUGGCGCGGAGGACGAAAAGCGAAUGUCCGGUGCUUUAACCGGAUUCCAAACCAAUGGUGAACAUGAGCUCCAGUAUCCUGAAGGAACAAAUGGAGUAUGAACCAAUCAUUGGUCACUCGCUUCCAUAGGACUGCAUCUCCUUACGAAGCUCCACUGCCUUGUGGAUCACAUCUCCGGUUUGGGCACCCGGGCAAUAUCACAGCCCCCACACAUAUCGAAUGAGAUUUGUGUGGCGCGUAUGUAUUUGGUGCCUCCUUGUACCAAUAUCUAUGUUAAAAUAAAUAAAUAAAAACUGUAUGAUUCACUUGAUAUUAUUUUACUUGGAUCUUCCCAUUGUUAUUUAGGAUUACAAUUGAUCAAUCUCUUGGCAUAUAUGUGCAUACUGUGAGUAUUGUCUCGAUAUUGUCUUAAUUUACAUGUAUUAUAAGCAAAGAUGGAUAAUGGCUAGCGGUGAAAUCCAAGUACUGGAUUCGAGUUUUAGGUACAUCCAGCUGACGAGUCCCAAAUAGGACGAAACACGCGUCCUGGAUUCCACUGCUUGCCCAAUAUCCAUCUUUAUUUACUGUAUGGUUUUCAGAUUUUAUUAAGAUGUUUUGAAUUUUGUGUUCAAAUAUGUUAGGUUGUCCCUACUGGUGUACUUAUUCACUACAGUAAUACUAUUGUGACCAAUAAUAAUGUUAAAUCUCAAAAUAACAGAGAUUUAUAGUUUAGUUGGUGUCUUUUAGUGUUAUUCAGUUCUUUGAGCUGUAUAGGGUCUAAUUCCACUGAGCUUUUAUUGAUGUCUAUUAAAAUUUAUACAACAGAAAUGCCUACUGUUAUCACUUGUGGUCGGUUAAUAUAUCAUGUGAUAAGCUAACCAAUCGUUAAUGAGCAACUUAGCAUACUUAAUAACCUUUUUGCCUUCCUAGCACUGGCUGUUGAGUCCAGAACGCCAAUAAUAGUUCCCACUAUGUGAAUCAUAUAUUUCAAACAUACUUGGUUUAUAUACAAGCAAAAUCAGACGACAUCACGCCAUAAAAUAAAAAAUAAAAAUUAUACCAUAUCAAACCAAAAAGUGGCUGUGAACGUGGGAGACUGUAAUUAACAAAAUGGACAUAACUUAAGAACAGUAAAUCAUAUAAUAAUGAUCUAUAUGUCAAAAUGAAGCUUAUAAUUAGAGGAAUGUAAAUAUACAUAAUCUAGCUAUUGAACAGUCACACAAUAGGAAUAUAUGUAUUAUAUUAGUCCAUAAAUAAUUCCUAACGGUUACCAGUCAUUUUUUUCUCGUCCGAUUAUAACAUGUACGACCCUAAGAAAGAACACAACAGAUUUUAUUUACCCUCUAAUACACCAAAUGACUAGUUUGAUAAAAAGUAUACCCACUUAUAUGUCAAAGCAAUUGAGUAGUAUAUUAUAUUUAACCGAAAUAGAGGAAAUACCUUCAAAAGUUACCCAUAAUUUAAUAAUCUUCGCAAAGACAUUACAUACUAGUAAGUGCAUUUUUGUUGUCGUUGUUGUUGUUGCUAAGUCAUUCACAUUAAUUUCCAAAAUACUUUUUUUCUAAAAAAAAAAUAAUUUUAAUUAUUUUAGACAAUAUCUUGUGUUCAAUUAG